CAAGCUACAGAGAUUCGAAGCUAACGAAACUGAAAAGGAGGGAAGGGAUGUGGGGCGGCGGCGCGCAAUGCGUGCAUGCGUCGCUCCCGCGUGGAGCCCGCGCGCAGCCAGCUCCUACGCUCAGCGGUGCCAUCGCUAGCCGCCGCCCUCCCAGACCCACGCCUCCAUCGCCGACGCUAGUAGCACAGAUCGAUUCAUCGGUAGCUUGUCUAUGGCUACUGACUCCUCUGUCUGCUGGGACCGCAGUCAUAGCUAUCAUCGUAGCAGUAACGACAAAUAACUGGCUACACACACAAGAAAACAUGCUGAAUCCAGCUUUUAAUGGCACAGGCAAACACGAGCUCGUUGCGAAACACACAGUUUCUGGACUUUGGCGUAUUUGUCAUACAGAUCCUGGCAGCACAGAAUUUCGAUGUCUGGAUAUUCCAUACUUCCCACUAUCUCAAUAUGCACCGGAUUUGAGUGACUCGACUAACGCAAUACCAUAUGUAGUAACUCGGUCUGCAGUACCCUUGUUACUGGCGGUUUUUACACAGGCCGUGGGAGGAUUGUGUUGCGUGCUCGGGCAUUGCGUAAAAGGGAGAAGACUUUGUACAUUUAUCGCUGGCGUCCUUUUUAUUAUAUCUGGUCUCAUAAUGUUGACUGGAAUCGUCAUGUACAUAUCCGUAUUUAAAUCACAAGUGGGCCACAAACUGCGUUACAUGACAUUCUUUGAUACGCCUCGGAUGUCAUACAGUUACGGUUACUCGUUUGGACUGUACCUAAGUGGCUUCGUUGCAGCGGAGCUAGCUGGUACCUCGGCUAUAUUUCUUUUUUUACAAUGGUACCAAAAAGAUUGGAUCACAGAAUUGACAGAGAAGGCAAAAGCCGAUUGCCGAGCUUGGGAUCGAGAGUAUGCCUUUUCUGACUUUAGAGAAAGGGAUUCAACUCUGUUAGAGAGGCGCAUGAUGAAAAGAGACACUUAUCCUCCAUCCGGAUCAUCGGCGGCUACGCCACGUGAACGGCGGCGCUUUGUUUACGAUGGCGAUGAAAUGCCACAUUGUUCAAUACAUAAAAAUAGACGAAUAAAUUUAAGUUCAGCGUCUCUUAAAGACUUAUCGUCGUCUACUCUUUAUGGAUUUCCAGCAGCGCCACGACCGACAGCAUGUGACAAUUACUUCGAGGAAUUCAAAGAGGUCCCACAAAGUGCAAAUACAUUAAGUGGUCUAAGGAGUGCUUCAAUAUUUCAAUCGCAAGCCUCAGUUGCGAGUGGCAGAUUUUUGGAUACUUCAGCAGUUGAGCCUCCACCGUCUCGUGAAGAGGAAAUGGUAACAUUUGGUGCUGGGGCAAGAACAGUCAUUGAAGACAAACCACCUCGCCAUGACCGAGCUGUAGGCACCGAUCCCUAUAGACGGACGACGCCAGUCUGAUUAACGACUCCCCGGGUUUCCCCCCCUGAAGCAUAUCGAUAAGUGAUAACAGCGAUAGUGUUUCGCUCCAUUUGAUGUACUGGAUAUUAUAUGUAUAGUAGCCAUGAAAGAAUUGAACGUCGAGAAAAGUGAUUUUCGAAUUUAUGAACUAUAUGUGACUUGUGUCAUGGAAAAUUUUUGACUGUUACAUUUCCUUGAAUAAAUACUGCCAUUUGUGUAA